CACACCAACGACUCACACACUGCACGCAUCACAUAGCAGUGCAUCCGAUACUUUCCUUGAAUGACACGUAUAAUGAAAAUCUUCCAGUUUUCUUACCCUGACUCGGGAGCCGCUCGGGAGCCGGGUACAGAAUGCCAUGACAUUCCCGCGAAACGACCGAGAGUCAUUAGAUUGUUGGUAAAAAUCCGGGUCGACCGUGUUGAAACUUCCUCAAUCAUGCGAGGUAUCACUGAUCAGCUCUUGGCCAUCACAUCUGGGCAUCACAAAAGACACGAAGCCGGUUUCCUACGGUACUCUGUAGGGUUAAAUCCUAUGCUUUGUAAAAAGAAACUCCUCGUAUUCGUCUCCACGAUGUCCGUUAAUGCAAGAUGUUUCAUGGCGAUCUCAAUGGAGGAAUGCAAAGUCCCGAAGCAGCGUCCGCAUUACUCGUCAGCCCUCGUAUCGCACCCUCGAGUCGCCAUCCAGUUCUAUGCAACACAAAGUUCCAUCUCGACAGGCGGAAUAAAGAUCCGACCUAUAGGAAGCCUACCCACAGUAACGACUCGCAACGAUGAGCCGGCAACUGGCACCAACAAGUUAUGUCUCAACUGCCAUUGCCAAGGACACGGACACUUACGUCCAACUCCUCCAUCCCUUCCAACAACCUGUACCAACUUCCCCCAAUGUAUAAUCUUGACAUUUACGCGCCUUAAGGAUCAUGAUCUCACUCGGAUCUCUUCCAAGCCACCCCGUCCUGCACGCAACUCUCGCACAGAAUGCCUAGCUCAGAAAUCCCUUUGUCAACCCACAAAGGCCCUUGCUGCUCGCUUCGCUACUGAUUGGCCCGGCUACCGCAUCUCGCGAAUCGAGAUCCUUCCAUCGAUGUGCAAUGCAGAUAAUGAUAACGGCAGACGGGGCGUUGCGGCACCGGCUAGUCGAGAUGUGAUAUCGAUGAUGUAUGGUCGUUAUUCAUGAACGGAGCAUUCUCCGAUGAGCUGGGGUGGACUGCGCAGCAGCAUGUGAUGUUUUGCCGUGUCUUUUAGCGUAGGAAUGCGGCGUGGUGAUUUCGUGAUCAUUCCUGAGGUGAAAAUACCAUGUUCGGGUCGUUAAGAAGUUGACGUCUGGGAUAGCCAUGUUGUUGUUGUGUUUCAAGGUUAGGUUUGCAGGAAUAGUCGUACGUUUCCAAGGUUGCGCCGCGGAAGCCGAACCAUUGACGACGUAUACUAAUUCACUGGGUGGGGACAUGCGAUUUGUUGAGUGAG